AUGACUGAUGUUCACCAUUGGCCCCUCUAUCAGCUGGAUAUUAAGAAUGCUUUUUUAUACGGUGACCUUGAGGAUGAAGUUUAUGUGGAGCAACCACCUGGAUUUGUUGCUCAGGGGGAGAAAGACAGGAUUAGGAAUGAAGUUAUUAGGGACAAGGUAGGAGUGACAUCUGUGGAGGACAAGUUGUGGGAAUCGAGGUUAAGAUGGUUCGGGCAUGUGAAAAGGAGAGACAUAGAUGCUUCGGUCAGGAGUUGUGAGAGGUUGUCCAUGGCGGGUCUGAGGAAGGGAAUUGGUAGGCCUAAGAAGUAUUGGGGAGAGGUAAUUAGGCAGGACAUGUUAUUGCUUCAGCUUACUGAGGAUAUGACCCAUGAUAGGAAGGUGUGGAGGUUGAGGAUUAGGGUUGUAGGUUGA